CAUGGAAGAGCGGAACCGAGGCAGGCAAUCACAUGACAGAGGCAAAUCAGUCGACAUGAGCAAGCCUCGGCUGGUGGUGUUCGACCUGGACUACACCCUGUGGCCCUUCUGGGUGGACACCCACGUCGACCCACCUUUUCACAAAGAUAAAAAGGGAGUGGUGUUGGACUCAAGGCAGAGCAAGAUCUCUCUUUAUAGAGACACAGCAGAGAUCCUGACCUCGCUCCACCAGCAGGGUAUAACCAUUGCUAUCGCCUCACGCACCGGGGAAGUAGAUGGAGCCAAUCAGCUGCUGUCGCUCUUCGAUCUCAACAAGUACAUCACCUUUAAACAAAUAUACCCUGGUUCAAAGGUCACACACUUUAAAAGGAUACAGGCCGACAGUGGAUGCCAGUUCCAAGACAUGAUGUUCUUUGAUGAUGAACACAGAAACAUAAUGGACGUCAGUCGACUAGGUGUGCACUGUGUUCUUGUCUCUAAUGGAGUGACUAAAAAACUGGUGCAAGAUGAGCUUUCUGCGUUCUCCUCCAAGCGUCCUACAUGAAGACUUGAUAUGACUUCAGUUUUUCCUCAGCAUUAUACUUCUUUUGGUCAUGUAACUUCCAUCCGUUUUUUUCUUGCUUUUUAGCAUCAGUGUUUGCAGCCAUUAUGCUGCUAACCUCUCUGCUUGGGAGUAUGCACUGCUGUAAUUCACAUGUUUGCCUUGAGGUGGCAACACUGUACUGAUAACUGCCGUAGCUACAAACUGAUUGAACAUGUUUGCUGAAUGUACUCAGCUAGCAGUUCAGUCAGCAAUCUGUUAGUACUCUGUUCACAUAUUUAGUUAAAUAUGACAUCAAAUCUGAUCAUGAUCUCAGGAAACUGUCAUGCUGUGUGUCUUUGAUACUAUAAUAUUUCAUGUAUUCCUGCAGCUUGCACUGUUACAACAGGAGGCAUCUGCCACUUUAUAUUGACAGUGUUCAUUGUAAUGAUAUAUGCUUAACAUUGGGGUGGUCAUAUUUAGUUUUACAUUUCUUUCCUUCUUAAUUUCCUGUUAUUGUCCAAAGUAGAGCCUAGUAAUUUAAUGCACCUUAUCUUGCUUUUUAAUUUGCCAAAGAUUUUCAAAUUUGGUUUUAAAACACUGUAUUCUUAUAGGAAUAGUGGGUUGAUUAAGAUAUAAUUUCCCACAGAAAGCAAACUAGAGUGGCAAGCAAUGUGGCAAAUUGAACACAUUUUAUCAUGGUAUUUGUAAAUAAUAUUUUAAUAACUUACCCUGUUACUAUACCUUCUAAAUAAUAAAUGAGUUUUCAAAUGAA